AUGACAAUCGACUUGGUCCCUGGAACGUCUAAACAAACCCGGAUAAGUAAGGACUUGGAGCCGUCCUUCCGAGAUGAGCUGGUAACAUUGUUGCGAUCUAAUACGGAUGUUUUCGCGUGGCAACCGAGCGACCUAACUGGCAUCGCACCUCGUACCGCUGUGCAUAGGCUCAAUCUGAAGCCUGAAUGUAAACCCAUCAAACAAAAGCGACGACACUUCGGGGCUGAAAUAGAUGAAAUCAUUAAACGAGAGGUCCAGCGACUUUUGGGCAUCAGACAUAUCCGGGAAAUUCAGUUCCCCACGUGGUUAUCUAAUGCAGUGCUGGUCCAGACAGCCAGUGGGCAGUGGCAGAUGUGCAUUGACUUCCGAGACUUGAACAAGGCAUACCCUAAGGACGACUAUCCCUUACCUCGUAUAGAUCAGCUCGUAGACGCCACAGCCGGGUGCGAAUUACUCAGCAUGAUGGAUGCCUCACAAGGAUACCAUCAGAUCCUAUUGGACGAGAAAGAUCAAUCCGCAGUCAGUUUUAUCACAGUCACCGGCACCUAUUGUUAUGUAGUAAUGCCAUUUGGUCUGAAGAACGCAGGGGCUACGUACCAAAGGUUGAUGGACAAGAUGUUCCGGGCCCAGCUCGGGCGUAACAUAGAAGUCUACGUGGACGAUAUGUUGGUUAAAAGCAAAAAGCGUUCGACACAUCUUGCCGACUUGGCCGAAACAUUUGCCACCCUUCGCCUUUAUGGGAUGAAGCUUAACCCUGAAAAAUGUGCAUUUGGGGUUAAGGCUGGAAAAUUUCUUGGAUAUGUAAUUACUCAAGAAGGCAUCAAGGUGAAUCAAGACAAGGUAGAGGCAGUACUCCGGAUGACGCCACCUCGGUCCAUUAAGGAGGUACAAUCCCUAGCAGGAAAAAUGGUGGUUUUGGCUCGCUUCAUAUCGCGAAUGGCCGAUAAAAGUUUACCUUUCUUCAAGGUCUUAAGAAAAACAGCUCAGUUCGAAUGGUCCAAUGAGUGCCAGCUCGCUUUUGAGGCAUUAAAGGUAUCACUGUCCCGCCUACCCAUCCUCAGCACCCCAGAAAGGAGUGAAACACUUUUCGUAUACUUAUCCGUGGGCGACGAAGCAGUCAGCUCGGUCAUGUUCAAAGAGGUAAAUAGCCGGCAGCUGCCGAUUUAUUAUAUUAGCAGAAUCCUAACGAGCUCGGAAACUAAAUACUCCGAAGUCGAAAAGAUUGCUUACGCAUUGGUCCUUACCACGCGACGACUUCGACCUUACUUUUUAUCGCACACUAUUGUAAUUCGCACGAGCUUGCCACUCCGUCAAACUCUGGGCCAACCGACGGCAUCUGAGCGAAUUGUCAAAUGGGCUGUUGAGUUAGGACAAUACGAGAUUCGGUAUCAGCCCCGUACUUCGGUAAAAGGACAAGCACUGGUGGACUUUAUCCGAGAAACUACCAGAAUACCUAUCGAGAAGGAAUGGAAAGUCUAUGUAGAUGGGUCCUCUACGGCGUCAGGAGCAGGAGCAGGAGUCAUAAUCAUCGAUCCCACGGGAGUGGAGCUCGAAUUCGCCAUUAAAUUACCACGAGUUUCCAAUAAUGAGGCAGAAUACGAGGCUGUCAUCCGAGGUAUGGAAAUCGCCCAAGAGCUCGGCGCCCGAGUGAUACAAGUAAAUUCCGAUCCCCAGCUUGUAAUACAUCAAAUGGAAGGGGACUACGAAAUAAAGAAUGACAGGAUGCGGAGUUAUGUAAAUAAAGUAAGGGCUGUGCAAGAAGCCUUUGAGGCCUGCACUAUUUGUCAGAUUCCGAGGAACGACAAUCAGCGAGCUGAUUUCCUCGCCAAAAUUGGGUCGUCGGUUAUCGACUGCGUUGAGAGGAAGAUAUCCAUCCUCAUCGCUCCUUCCCCAACUCCUGGAAUCAUGAUACUCGAAGAAGAAGAAAUCGAUUGGCGAACUCCUUUAUUCGCAUACUUUCGAGGAGAACGAGUUGGAAAGGCCAGAGAGCAGCACCGCUUGGCGUACAAAUCCCGACAUUUCUAUGUGCGGCACGGAAUACUAUACAAAAUAAAUUUCACCACGGUGGACGCGAGGUGUUUGGGAAAGAAAGAAGUAGAGCAUGUCCUCAACGAGGUACAUAGAGGAGGCUGCGGUGAGCAUGGGGGAGCCCGGGCGCUCGUACAGAAAUUACACCGAGCUGGAUAUUACUGGCCCGGCAUGAAGAAAGAUGCUCAUCGUUAUGUCAGACGAUGCAGGCAGUGCCAGAAGUUCGCCCCACUCAUCCAUAAACCUGGAGAGGAAAUGAUCAUCAUGAGUGCUCCAUGCCCCUUCGCACAAUGGGGGAUCGAUUUGGUAGGGCCUUUCUGCAAACGAGAGGUAGAAAGAAGUUCCUUAUUGUCGCGGUGGACUAUUUCACCAAGUGGGUUGAAGCAGAGGCCUUAUCAAAAAUAUCGGAGGAUGAAGUCAUGCACUUUAUAUGGAAGAAUAUCGGCUGCCGUUUUGGCCUACCUCAGAGCCUCGUGUCGGAUAACGGCACCCAGUUCAACGGAAAGAAGAUCCGAGCUUGGUGCGAGGAAAUGA